GGAACCCGGCGGCCGCCCCCGCCCCUCAACCGGCGGAGCGUGUCGGGGAGUUGCGCUCGGCGGCCGGAGCUCCGAAUGGGGCGGCGGAGGCGGCGCUGCUCGGCUUGAGGAGAGCCCGCCGGCGGCUCCCGGCCGGAGGGGGCCGAGCGCUGACGGCCGAUGGCCGGGCUGGAGGACGGCCGGGAGUGGGCGUACAGGGUUGAUCCGUAUGGGUUUGAGAGGCCAGAUGACUUUGAUUACGCGUCCUACGAAGCGUUCUUUUCCAGAUACCUCGUGGUGCUCACCAGAAGAGCAAUAAAAUGGUCCAAGCUCCUGAAGGGGAAAAACAGCAUACAGAAGGGUUUAAAAGUGAAGAGAUAUAUCAGGAAAGGCAUUCCCAACGAACACCGUGCAUUGAUCUGGAUGAUCGUGAGUGGGGCUCAAACCAACAUGGAGCAAAACCCUGGAUACUACCAGACACUGCUUGAAGGAGAGAAAAAUGACAAGCUGGUUGAAGCAAUCAAAACAGACAUGAACAGAACGUUUCCAGAUAAUGUGAAAUUCCGUAAAACGGCUGAUCCCUGCUUGCAGCACACACUCUACAACGUGUUGGUGGCCUAUGGACAUCACAAUAAAGCAGUAGGAUAUUGUCAGGGCAUGAAUUUCAUAGCUGGAUACCUGAUUCUUAUUACAAAGAAUGAAGAGGAGUCCUUUUGGUUGCUAGAUGCCCUUAUUGGAAGAAUAUUGCCUGAUUAUUACAGUCCUGCAAUGCUGGGCCUGAAAACCGACCAGGAAGUCCUGGGGGAGCUGGUGAAGAUGAAAGUUCCAGCUGUGGCCGAGCUGAUGGAAAGACACGGAGUCAUGUGGACCCUUGUGGUGUCCCGCUGGUUCAUCUGCUUGUUCAUUGACAUCCUUCCAGUAGAGACUGUGCUCCGAAUAUGGGAUUGCUUGUUCUACGAAGGGUCAAAGAUCAUCUUCCGCGUGGCCUUAACAUUAAUUAAGCAACAUCAAGCUUUUAUUUUGGAAGCCACGAAUUUCCCUGACAUUUGUGACAAAUUUAAGCAGAUCACCAAAGGAACGUUUGUAACGGAGUGUCACACUUUCAUGCAGAAAAUAUUCACAGAACCUGGCAGUCUGUCCAUGGCAACAAUUGACAAACUCCGAGAGACAUGCAGAGAGAAGGUGCUUUCUCAGGGAUAACUCAGCAGCAGGAACCAGGCGCUCAGACUCCAGAAAUGGACACAUUCCUCUUUUUGCACUGACUAAAGCACACUUUAAGCUUUCCAAGAGUUAACUGACACUUGACCAAUUUUUUUCCUGCCUUCCAUGUAAGUGUUUUUAACGCUUUGUACUGUAUGUCAGACUUGAUAACUGGAACUACUGCAACUGAUGAAUUUGUCAUUAUUAUUUUUUAAGAAUUCCAGUGUUUUCAGAGUAGAAUGUGAUCAGUGUAAGGACACUCCUCUUGAAGUCACUGUCCUUGUCUUUUCAGGGCGUUUUGUAAUGUUGAAACAGGUGUAUAGAAUUACAUAUCCUUCGUAUUGUAUUAACUAUGACACCUCUUUCCAUUUGUACAAAAUAAAUCUAAUUUAAUUUG